AUGUCUGAUGCUGAAACAGAACAGCUUUCAGAAUACGAGCAGCUGCGCAACGAGCGUAUCAAGAGGAAUGAAGCAAAGCUCGAAAAGCUAGGCUUGAUUACACUGGUUGCUGAUAUCCUUCAAAAGCAAAAGAAAGGCAAGACGAAGAAGAAACCGAGAACCAAGAAACGGAUGGUCAAGGCUGGGCAAGAAAGGCGAUCGGCAAGACUCAAACGAAAAGCGGACGGCGUGGAUGACGCAGAGGACCAGGAUCAUGUGAUGUUGUCGUACGAUAGCGAUGAUUUCAUCGAAGAUGAAUCGAAGCCUGCACCGAGAUCCCGUAGGCUCAAGCUCGAUGAUUUUAUCGUUAAUCCAAAAGAACUGAAAGCUUUAGAGAAACAUAUCGAUAAAAACUAUCUUGGCAAAUUCAGGGAGUUUUUGAAGUGUGUGGACAAUAUUAGCGAUCCAAACGAAAAGAAUGUAAUGAGGCAAAUUACGAAGUUGGCUAACGGAGAAGGCGUGCGAUACACAUCACCACAGUUUGGAUGGCCAGAGGGUUGUUACUUUAUGAAAGGAGAACCAGUUACACCGAUCAGUGAUGUUGUCGAACUAUUGAAUGAAGCACAGAAAUGCGAAGACGAAUGGGGCAGAGAUCAUGGUAAUGGUUGGUUGCUUCGUCACCCCCUCAAGAAGCUUUUGAUGUUUCAACAGUUUUGCCUGCGUCAACCAGCUUUCUUGAAGAGCAAGUGCAAGCUGCCCCAAUAUUGCGAGGAGGUGGAGAGAAGAGCUGAAAAAGACACCGGGAACAAGAAAAGUGGAAAUCGUAGGGUUUCCCAGUCGAAGUCUGCGGUUAGCAAACUGAAAAAAAGAAGCCGUUCCAACCGUCCAAGAUCGGGAUGCAGACGGUCCAAGCGAUUCAAGGGGACUUGA